GGUAGGGGCGGGGCGGAGGAAGGGGCGCGGUCGCCGGCGGUACUGGGAGCGGACCUGCAGCGCUCUGUGUGCACCUUCGCUCGCGGUUCCCCGCACACCCGUUACUCCGCGGCGUGGAGGGUUAGUGUGAUCUCAACUCAAGGCAAAGGCAAGAUAUCAUGGCAUCUGUCUGGGUUGGGAACCGAGGAACGGUGAGAGAUUAUCCAGGAUUUAGCCCGUCGAUAGAUGCUGAGGCUAUCCAUAAGGCAAUCAAAGGAAUUGGGACCGACGAGCACAUGCUCAUCAGCAUCCUGGCCGAGAGGUCGAGCAUACAGCGGCGGCUGAUCGCCGAGGCAUACGAAGCGGCAUAUGGAGAGGAGCUGAAAGAUGACUUGAAGGGUGAUCUUUCUGGCCACUUUAAAUGUCUUAUGGUGGCCCUCGUGACUCCACCAGCAGUGUUCGAUGCAAAACAGCUGAAGAAAUCCAUGAAGGGCACUGGGACAAAUGAAGAUGCCUUGAUUGAAAUCUUAACCACCAGGACAAGCAGGCAGAUGAGGGAGAUCUCUCAAGCUUAUUAUACAGUAUAUAAGAAGAGUCUUGGUGAUGACAUUAGUUCUGAAACAUCUGGUGACUUCCGGAAAGCUCUCUUGACUUUGGCAGAUGGAAGAAGAGAUGAAAGCCUGAAGGUGGAUGAGCAUCUGGCCAAAAAAGAUGCCCAGGUUCUCUAUCAGGCUGGCGAGAACAAAUGGGGCACUGAUGAAGAUAAAUUCACGGAGAUCCUGUGUUUGAGGAGCUUUCCUCAGCUGAAACUAACAUUUGAUGAAUACAGAAAUAUCUGCCAGAAGGACAUUGAGGACAGCAUAAAAGGAGAGUUGUCUGGCCAUUUUGAAGACUUACUGCUAGCCAUCGUUCAUUGUGUGAGGAACACGCCUGCCUUUUUAGCCCGAAGACUGCAUCAAGCUUUGAAGGGUGCUGGAACUGACGAAUUUACUCUGAACCGAAUAAUGGUUUCCAGAUCAGAAAUAGAUCUUUUGGACAUUCGAGCAGAGUUCAAGAAGCAUUAUGGCUAUUCCCUAUAUUCAGCAAUUAAAUCAGAUACUUCCGGAGACUAUGAAACCACACUCCUAAAGAUUUGUGGAGGAGAUGACUGAGUCGAGAAGAUACUUACCAAAGGUCGCCUGCUCCUGCUGAUGGGCUUUUCGAGCCAUUCCACUUACCUAUUCUCGUAUUGAUUACAAGUACAAGCAAGUGUAAACAGCAAACCUGGUUCCCUAACAGAGACUUUCAUCAUUCUGUAACAACACAAGUGAUUGUCUUCAAGCAUCUCAUUCAUGACUUUAUAGUUUAAAUAACAUUUUAAAUGGUAUUAAGGUUUUGCUAAUACCACUUUGCUAUCCAAAUUGUAUUUCUGCUUAGGAAAUCAACUCUGUAUAGUUCUAAGCUGUUAAAUGUAAAGCAGGGUAAGAACAAUUAUUGAUUUUUUUUUAAAAAAAAAAAAACAUAAUUUGCUUUUAGAACUACUAACAUUGUUUGGAAUCUGGUGCCAACAACUAAUGAUAUUACAAAGCUUUUUUUCUUUUUUUUAUAAGACCUAUAUCUAUUUAACUCGUCUAGCGCCUUGUUAAUCAUGCUUUUCUUUAAGAAAGAAGAUGAAUGAAUGUGGAACAUGUAUGUGACCUUGGCCUUCCCCUUCCGCUAUGAUCAGCUAGAGCAGUGACAAUGGAUGAUAAGCUAUUUCAGCCCUCAGAAGACAGUUGCCGAACUGUAAAUCUAACCACUUCCUGUCUGACUGGCAAGCAUGAAUUGUGAUUGUUUUAUAUUAAAUACUACUUUCCCAGAAUGGAUAUUUAGAAUCAAAUCUCUAAGGCUUCUUUUUUCCUCUUAAGUGGAUAAAACUAUGCAUUUUAAAAAAUC